UUUUGCACUAUGCUUUAUUGACUGUUGGUUCAGUGUUCACUGUGGGUAUCACAGAGGAAGGCGACACCGCACGCACUCAUGUAAUGGCAGCUACACUAGAGCACGAGCACAAAAUGGCGGCCACAACAACACCCCGUCAUGUCAUUGCUGCCAUUCAGGAGCCAAGUCAAGUCACAGGUGAUCUUCACGAAUCAAGCCAAGUCACAGGUGAUCUUCACGAAUCAAGCUAAGUCACAGCUGAUCUUCACAAAUCAAGCCAAGUCAAAGCUGAUCCUCACGAGUCAAGCCAAGUCACAGCUGAUCUUCACGAAUCAAGCCAAGUCACAGCUGAUCUUCAUGAGCUAAGUCAAGUCACAGUUAAUGUCAGAGUCAAAUCAAGUCACAGUUGCUGUUAAAGAACCCAGUCAAUUCACAGUUGAUCUUAAAGAACCAAGUCAAGUCACAGUUGAUGUCAGAGAGUCAAGCCAAGUCACAGUUGUUCGUCAUCAAUCGAGUCACGUCUCAACUGAUCUCCCAGAGUCUUGCCCCGCCUCAGCUGAUCUCCCAGAGUCACUUCACGUCUCAGCUGAUCUCCCAGAGUUACUUCACGUCUACGCUGAUCUCCCAGAGUCACAGCAGCACGUCUACGCUGAUCUCCCAGAGUCACAGCAGCACGUCUCCGCUGACCUUCCAGAGUCGGGUCACGUCUCCGCUGACCUUCCAGAGUCGGGUCACGUCUCCGCUGACCUUCCAGAGUCGGGUCACGUCUCCGCUGACCUUCCAGAGUCGGGUCACGUCUCCGCUGACCUUCCAGAGUCGGGUCACGUCUCCGCUGACCUUCCAGAGUCGGGUCACGUCUCCGCUGACCUUCCAGAGUUGGGUCACGUCCGGGCUGAGACACACAGAUCAUCAAGUUGUCCCUAGUUCGCAGUCCCUGCUGAUCCGUUGUGGUGCUCCCCUGAUCUGCCGUGGUGGUCUUCUGCUCUGUCUGCUCCACCGUGGAGGUCUCCGGCCCUGUCUACUCUGCACUGGUGGGCUCCUGCCCUGUCUGCACCGCCAUGGAGGUCUUCUGCCCUGUCUGCUCCACCCUGGUGGGCUCCUGCUCCGUCUACUCCACCCUGGUGGGCUCCGGUCUCUUCUGCUCCGCCCUGGUGGACUCCAGCUCCAUCGGCUCCUCCCUGGUGGACUCCAGUUCCGUUGACUCUGCCCCGGCUUCCUGCUCGGCCGGUUCUGCCUCAGUCCCCAUUCUCUUCACGUCUGGAAGCCGCUCCUUGGGGGGGGCUAUGUCACGAAUCUUGUCCCUGCACUUCCGUUCACUCGCUCACCACAUUGACUCUCACAGCACACAUCACACUGGACUCAAUUUCCCAUCAUCCAUUGCACUGAUUGCACACACAGCUGAAGGCACUGAUCACACAGCUCUCACUAAUCACACACUCUAUUUAAACCCUGGACUUUGUUUCCCUCACUGCCGAGUAUUGUAUGCGUUUACCCCUCCCCUAGCCGUAGCAACUCUACAGAGCCCCUGAUAGUUUUCCCCCUGCCUGUUUUGGAUUGUGUUUUCCCCUGCCUGGACUAUUGCUUCGUUUUCAGAUACUUCUCUCGUCAAGCCCCUUCGGAUACUGUUCGCUGUCGACCGACCUUUGCUUGCCCUAGGAUUACUCUUUGUCUUGUCCCUGCCAUACCUGUUUGCCAUUGCUCGACCCUGCCUGUUUUUAUGACCAUGCCUGUAAAUAAAAGCUUGCACUUGGAUCCGCACGUCUCACGUCUCGUCAGCCACGUUACACUGAGAGGGAAAUUUACCCACCAGUCACUGUGCUUUACCCCAGAAAUACAAGAUGUUUGACUGAAAUAAACAGGUUGAGGUUCCAGCAUUUUUGAGUUUAAUUCCAGGCGAGGCGAAAUAAUAUUUCUAAUCAAACAUCUGUUUAACUCGGCGCUGUCCUGUUACAUGGAGUGCAACUUUCUGCUGUCUUUUUCUUAGGCCCAUCUAAUCACUAUCUA